UACUUGUGGCUUCUUAGUAUUCCGGGAUCCUGAAACAAGCGUCUAUUAGUAAUAGGCUUUUAAUUUGAAGUUACCGGCGGCAACUCUCAUAAUGUGCAGUGUAAGCUGUUGAAGAGAACUCGAAACACUUGUCAAAAUACACGCAAGUAAGGAACUAAUUAGAGUGAAAUGUGGAAUGCAAUGGGAAUAGCUAACAAACAAUAAAACAGCCAAAACUUAAGACUCAAGGGUCGAGGUUUCAGCUUAAGUCAACGAUUCUAUUCAUUAGCUAGCUACUGAGCUACUUCAGUUUUUGUUCUGCCUUAGAGUUUAGCCGGCUAGCUAAGCUCACAUGAGUUGAGUGUUUUGUCUUCACGGUAAAAAUGUGUGACCUUAGUAUGGACAGUGGCACCAUUUAUGUCCGAGAAAGAGGCAGCCUUCGUCGUGUUGGUGACAUAGUCCUGGCGCAGCCAAAACCAGUGUCAUCUUGCAGAAGGACAAAUCCGUUUGUGCUGAGAAAAGAGCAUUUCAUAUUCACCUACAAUGCAGAAGGAAGUCUGAGAUACACCACAAAGUCGCUUUUUGACCUCACUCUGUUGUUCGUAGCAGACAACAUUCACCAUGUGGACUCUCUCGUCGGUUUUCCUGAGCAAAUAGGAGACAGACUUUUUGCAGCAGCAGAAGAGAAUCGUGUAUUUUCAAACACAGAUAUUUCUCCCAAAGCCCUGCAGUUAUUCAGUGAUGCAUAUGGGCAGAUGGUGCUUGGAUCACUCUGUCUACGAAAUAGGUUUCCACUCUUGCAUGAGCGGAUGGAUGAAAUAAAAACAUUUCAUAGUCUUAAGUCUCUGGAUUUGUUUGGCUGCAGACUGGGUGAUGAUCAUGAGAUAUUCCAGCAUCUAACAUCCACCUCAUUGGCAAACAGCCUAAUUCAGCUUUUCAUCGGUGGUAACAGUAUGUCAGAUGUUGGCUUACAAAGAUUGACUGCACCUAUUCGGAUGAUGAAGAAGGGACUGGACUGUCUUCAGCUCCUGGAUGUUUCCUAUAACCCUAUCUCAGAGAGGGCCCUCAGAUACCUCACAUGCCUCCCCAAACUUGAAAAACUUGAUGUAUCUGGGACCAGUUUGAAGCUUGGUGCAGGAUUGAAAACAACCAUAUGGAACCUGUUGGGACUCAUUUGUUCCGAGAAACCACUGGACAACUUUGAUCACUCAAGAUGUAAAACAGAAGGUUGGGCAGAGCAGGUUGUAAACCAGUGGGAAACAAAUAGCUCACAAAUGCCAAAACAGAAGAAAAUUGAAGAAUCAAGGACAUCAGCACUACGCUUUUUUGGAAGGCAGAAGUUUGUCAGAGAAGUCCUGAAUACAGCACCACUGGUAUGUGAGCGUGAAGAAGAGGCCAAGAGAGAGAGACUGCAUUUCUACAGACCUGCAGCAAACAGUCACAUACCAGAGAAACAGGUUCCUUACCCAGUAAAUCACCAAGAAAAGGCUUCCUGGUACAACAUUAAAAAAAGACAGCGUCAGCCAGAAAGGUGUGACAGUUCACAUCAUAGUCCUCCAACAAAACGUUCACCUUCAUCAGCUCUUACAGCAGAGGACAUUGAAUUGUUGAACAGCUAUUGAGGUAUGCAUCCAUGUAGCAUUCCACAAAGAGCAGUGCAAAGCACAAACAGGUUCAUUAACAAGCAACGUUUAGGCUGAAAGGAACGAUGAGUCACCCUGGUCAACUGCAGACACUUUCACUUGGAUUUUUAACAUAUCUUUAUAAAUAAAAGUUCAGUAUUUUGCAUGUUUUCA